AUGAAAGGAAAAGCAGAGUCCUUUAUCCAAAUGCAGAUCUUCUCUGCUGAAGUCGUCCUCCUUGUUUUAACACUGUCUUUACCCGUGGAAGCCAAAAAGUGUCCCAGAGCCUGCAGCUGUGACAGCACCACACUCACAACAGCCUGUGUGGGCAAGAACCUAACAGAUGUCCCCCCGACUGUGGAGGAGAUUACUGUGAAACUCGACCUGAGGAAUAACAACUUGCAGGUGCUGUCCAGGGGGGCAUUCAUGCACACACCCUACCUCACCCAUCUCAACCUGCAGCGCUGCAACAUCAUCGAGAUUAAAGAGGGCGCCUUUCGGACUCUUGGCCGAGUGGUCUCUCUAAACCUGGCUCACAACAAAAUUGAAAUCCUUUACCAAGAGUCCUUUGACGGUCUCUCCUCCCUGAAAGAGCUACUCCGUGAGGUCACACGGCUGCACAUGAACCACAACCCCAUGGUCUACCUCGGGGAAGAUUCCGUUUCCAUGGCGAAGCUUACACACCUGUACCUCAGCCACAUGUCCCUUCAGGACCUCUCAGACAAGGCCUUCUCUCAAGCCCCCCUCCUCUCACACCUUGACCUCAGCCACAACCAUCUUCGGUACGUGGAGCCCCUCUCAGGCCCUAGAGAGCUCACCAGCCUCAACCUGACAGGGAACCCCAUCUACUGUAACUGCUACAUGUCUCCACUGAGGCAGUGGGCGAGAGUUAGUGGUGUGAAGCUGCUGGGGGCCUGCUCUGGACCUCCUCACCUCUCAGAUGAGCCUCUGCAGGCGGUGUCUCCUCUGGAUCUGCGCUGCAGGAGGGGGAAGUCACCAGUGGAGGAGGAGGAGAGUACGGAAAGAGUCCCACCCACGGUCACAGCCACUGCCAAGCCAAAGCAGAAGGUCAAGUGUCCAGCUAACUGUGAAUGUGAUAUUGAGACCCAGCAUGCCACAUGUGAGGGUCGGGGCCAUACUAGAGUCCCACGAGGCUUCCCCGCCCAGACGCAGUUGCUGGACCUCCACGAUAAUCACUUCCACUACCUUCCAGCCAACAGCUUCCCAGGCAGCAGCCAACUUGUUUCUCUUCACUUGCAGUCUUGCAAAAUCCAUGAAAUUGAAGGUGGUGCCCUCCAAGGGAUGAAAAACCUUUUGUAUUUGUACCUUUCUGAUAAUGACCUCAUGUCCUUGGACCCCAAGGCCUUUGCUGGAGCGCCCAAGCUCACCUACCUCCACCUGGAGAGGAACAAGCUGGCACAGUUCCCCGGAUCAGCUUUGUCACUCUUACCAAGUCUGGUUGUGUUACACCUGGAGCAAAAUGCCAUCUCUAAACUUGAGACCAGUGGGUUGCUGUCCUCACUGGGCUCUAAACUUACUGAGUUAUAUCUGGGCAAUAACAACUUAACUUACAUUGCCAAGGGCGCUCUUGACUCUGACUCUCUAUGUACCCUUCACCUGGAUUCAAAUCAGCUGACUGAGGUGCCCACCCACGCUCUGCUUGAGACCCCUAAUCUGCAGGAGCUCAACCUCUCUGGGAACUCAGUUCAUUGGGUGGGACCAAAUGCUUUCCAGCCCUUAUCCAAAAGUCUGAAGAGACUUUACAUGGAUCAUAUGGGAAUGGAAAAGAUCUCCAAGGAUGCACUGCUGGGGCUGGCCUCAGAGCUGCGGACUUUGACUGUGAGAGGAAACCAGCUGGAGGAGUUUCCUGAUCUGAGCCCACUCACUGGCCUGGAGACCGUGGACCUGCAGGACAACCCACUGCGUUGUGACUGCUCUCUGCUUCCUCUGCGCAGGUGGAUGGAGAAUGUUAGUUUGGAGCUGACCGCAACUUGUGGUCACCCUCCUGAGCUCAGAGGUCAGAAGGUCCGGGGCAUCCACGUCUUCAAGUCCUGCCCAGAGAACAUUUCUCCACCAGAAAAGAAGAGUGCUGCAGAUCCAAAAGUGAAGAAAUCCAAAGCACAGACCACAGCUAAAGUAGCCAAACUGCCCAGGAAGCAGCCUCAAAGAAAACCUGGGCCACCAAAAGUAACAAAGAAAAAGAAGAUACUGAAAUGAGAACAUGUAACUCAUUUUCCUUUUCCUCUUUUU